AUGCCAACAUCGGGCGCCCUUGCCACUAGUUGCCUGGUGAUAUCGUCAUUUUACUACUUCAUCGACUAUCGGCCGUGCAGGGGGCGCUCAUCGCAAAUACAAGAACAAAGCAAAACACAAAAACCCUUUGCGACCCGAAGAAGCACAAGUGGUAUUCCCAUUCGCCAAGCAGGACAACAAAGUGCUGUCUCGGCAGCGUCCUCAUCUCAGCUAACACCGCUGCGCAUGCCACCGCCCACUAGUGGUGGCAUCAAUGAGCCGCAAGAAUGUCCCUACUGUCGAAGAACCUUCUCUUGCUACUACUCACUUAAGCGACACUUUCAAGACAAACAUGAACAAUCCGAUACGCUGUACGUAUGUGAAUUCUGCCAUCGCCGAUAUCGGACGAAAAAUUCGCUAACGACACACAAAAGCCUCCAGCACCGUGGGUCGAGUGGAAUGCUAAAGCGACUACUGAAGACAUCGGCCAUCAAGAACGUGCUCGGCGGAUCAAGCACCAACAGCAACUCAGGUAUUCACGGUUCCAGCCAUCCGCGGCCACAUCUCUUCGAUUUCGCCGCAGAGCUAGGGCAACCUCCACCAGGUAUACAGUAAAAUUAUUUCCUUUUCUCCCAUCUGAGGAGAAAGGAGGAACAGGAAACAACAUACGCAGCUAAGUCAUCCAUUUUUAGUGUAUACAAUAUUCAAUAAGUAUAACUGGCAGUUUGUCCAUGUCUAAAGAGUUGUCAAAUCACACGCGAUCAGCGAUCGUCAACUACCAGCAUAUCUAUGAUUUUCCUUCCUCUUUUCGACAGAUUUUUUCUUAUUCUCGGUAAGGAAGCAAAUCAAAGGAGCAUAUCUUAAACAAUUCAUGGAGUGUGAGAUGGCGAAUGUGCAAUAUAAUAAAUUGAUAAAAUCAAAAAUCACAUUUUAAGUUGUAACAAAAUUCAGUCCUUAGGAUAUGUUUUCUUCCUUCUUUUUAAAUCUGUUAUGACCUUAACGUCAAAUAUCCAAUUAUUAGUAGUGUUUUUGACUCGGUUUACAGUUUUUAUUUAACACUGACACAUGUCGUAUUCAACGAUUUCAACACAAAAUAUGACGCAAUUCCUAUUAUUCCCAGAAACCUCCAAAACUUUGCCUCUAAGAAGUGACGUGGAAAGCACAAAGACAUUAUUUCUGUAUAGUUUACUAAUGUUGUGGGAUGAGCAAACUUACAUCAAUCUACGGCAGCUUCAAAUGAUGAACACAGUCUUUUAAUGGCAAAGGUGAUAAGAAACUAGCUUCUGAUACAUUAAAAAUUAAAAUUAAAUAAUAUGAAUUCGCAUAUGUCGAUGGAGUCAACAUGAUUACAUUGAAAACAUUUGAAUGUACCGUGUCUAGUUGAUCUGAAGUUCUCAAACUUUCAAUAUCCAAAUUUUUCGCGACUACCAUACCUACAUGGUUUGGAUUUCUGUUUAAUCAAAUCUGGCGAUAAUUAAGAAAAUUUAUUUAAUUAGCUUUGAACUGAGAGAUCUUCGAUAUAACUUUUGAUAACUAUAUGGUGUACCAGCUAAUAUAAAUUCGGUUUAUUAAUACACUCAGGUCUUUUUUACACGGGAGAUUUAUACCGUGUAAAUAAAGUCUUUCAAACAUGUUCACAUGCUGAAAUAUCUUUUUUUUUAAUGGAUGUUGAUGAAAAAGAAACUUAGUAUGGUAGAUUACCCAGUUUUGGUCCUAGCUCCAGUAUUUGACCCUAGUGAGAAUAUGUGAGACCGAUAACAUUGAUGAAAUCGGCUCAAGGUGGCUUUAUUUCAGUAACAGUCAAAAGACAAAAUUUCAGUUCAAUUUAGUAGCCCUACAUUUCGGUUGAUUCCAACAUGUCUUCGAUUUUGACGUUCUGGUUCGAUGGGAUUUGACGUUUUAGUUCAGAGUGCUAUACUGAAGUAAUAGGCAAAUUAACACGUUGUUGGAAAUUUCAGUUUCAUGUUUGUUUUAAUCCAUGUUAAAUUUACUUCCAAGUAUUGAAGAUUCACAGAAACCGUUUUUUCCUAAAUAAUUCAAUCGCGGUAGCUUUGCGGAGCCGUAGUUCAUUAUGCAUUUUACAAUGUUUCUUUAAACUAGAGUUAGCUGAAGGGGCCGAAUACUCGUGGCUUUUUCGAGUUUACGGGCUACAAUUUAUAAACAGAUUGGGAGGGGAUCUAAGAAAAUUUAAUCAGGAAAGCGAUUGAUAUUUUAUCUCCAUCGCCGUUGUAUUGCAGUAUUCGAUUUGAACGUGGGAGAUGCACUGCGGUGACGGAUAAGUGCUCUUAGUUUUUUUGAAAGGACAGAUGGUUGACGAUAAAACUCUACCGAAACACACAAAAAAAACACUAAAAAUGGGCAUGGUUUGGGACAAAGAUGAGAGACACUUAGUUUGGAACACGGACAAACAAAAUGAAAAUACAUUCUUGUUAAGUAAUUUUAUCUAUCAAAAUUGAUGAUCGACGAAAACAAUGACCACUUAAAAGUUAGUUGCAUCAAAAGUGUUUUCAACAUCGGAAGCAUCAAACUAAUGAUAUUCCUCACGGAAUCAGAUAUAUUCAACAUUUCGACAAUGUAAUCCACAGUUCCAAAAAACAUGAACAUAACAUCAUGUUGAUUUGGCUGUAAAGUUAAAGCAUUUGAAGCCUUGUAAGAACCUGGAUGUCGUGAAAAGUUCCUAUCAAAAUCGAAUGAUGUGAGACCCAGUGGAUGGGUUUUCGGAACAUUACCGCUACUUCAUGAUUUUUCCAAGAUAAAUCAAGGUUCAAUACGCGAGGGUUUCCAUUCCUGGAUCGCUGGAGGUCAAAGUGGAUGUUACCCGAGUUAAUUCUGGAAGAUGGAGCGACAGUUCUCAGGACUUCUAAGAAGAAACACUUCAAAGACCGCUCGAGUUUUUCUCUCUGCUGCUUGUACCUCAGACAAUCAGCGGGAGCAUGCGGAAUUCAAAAACAAUAAACACAUUUCGAGGUGGCUCGACAAGAAUCCUCCGUAUGCUUCUCCUCACACAAACCGCUGCAGUGUGCCCUAGUUGCUAGCAUUUUGUUCAGUUCAUUAACUUUGGUACAAACAAGUAGGCCUUCUUCAUUCCAACGAGGGAGACUGAAUACAUUAGAAUGCAGUCAACUUAGGGUUAUGUUAGGGUUCUUUAAGACACCAACCCGGCCUUUCAGGAGUCAUACUCGCUUCGCUGACAAUUCCUACGAUUUCAAAAUUCCGACAGGGAAUGUACACGCGAUACUCCAUCGAAAAAAGCUCAAUCCUGUUUGCCUGCACAUGGUCACCAACGGUAAUGCCCAGUUUGUUUGGACUCACCUUCAUAAUCUCGUUCACGGUCGCAAAAUAUUUUACCAGAUCCUUUGAAGUCUGAUUAAAAUUCAAAGCUUUUUGUUUUUGCUGGAAGAAAACAACCAACUAUCGCUUCUUCUAAGUAAGCCUAAGAGCAUGGGGAGCUGGUGUUUUCGAGGGUACAGGAAGACAGUGUCAAAGGUGGACGAAGGGUGGACCUCAGGACACCCAAAACAUCACCACCAAAGGCAUCCAUGUCAUCAGAAGGAAGCAGAGUUUUCAGAGAAUCAUCUUUAGAGAUAUCGGGACGUAAAUCCACUGCGUACUUUGAUCUUUUGCACGGAAAACAAAUCAAGGGAAAAAAAAUCCUUUGAUUGUAGUAUUAAUGGUGCAGCAUUUUAAAGGAGAACUUGAAGAUUUCGGGUGUAGAAGCAACUACAAAAUCCAGCUACAUAAGGCAAAUGAACUGUCAAA